AUGGACAGCUUGCCGGAACGUGCCAGAUUUCGGUUCGGAAGGAUGCUCAACUCGGCGGUCGCCGUCAUCAACAACUCGACGCUCCGUCGUCGUUCCCACUUCGCCCGUUCUGCGACCACCAACAGCUAUGGUCCGAUUCCGAUCGACGGCGACUCUUCCGUUCCGUUGAUGUAUUCUUCCCAGCGGUGAGUUGCGUUCCGUCUUCUAAACAUGGUUCCCAAUAAUAUUAUCUCUCAUAAAACGUGCUUCAAACUAUGAAUUCCUAGAAGGUUCAGUAGUCGAACAGUUGAAGCAUGUACUUUCUGCAAAAGGUCAGCGCUGACAUCAAGCCAUAAUUUCAGUCGUUCUGAGAGCGAGAGCCAUGCAAUUAUGCAUGUGAUUUCCGACUACAGUAGGAAUCUAGUUCCUCUCUCUCUCUCUCUCUCUUUCAAUCUCAACUUGUUUAUACAAUUGAGAAGAACUAGAGAAGAUACAAUAAAAGCAAUGAGUCAAUUGAGAGAUUGAAUUAGUUUCAGUUCAAACUCGACCACCAGUUCGAACAACUCAAUUGUGUCGAUUCCCGGAUAUGGAACAGUUACAAAUGUGAGUGGGAAAGGAGAAAAAAAGGUGCCCAGGUGGAAAUGUGCCAAAAACGGGCGGCCACUAAUCGAAUUGUCAGCGCGUGGCUCUUGCAUUCAUUUCCGUUUGCAGCUGAUUCAAGUGAGAUCAUUGGAGCAGUCCGUCGAAAACGAUCUGAACGCUCUCUCGAUCUCGGAAACGGCGACUCCCUCUGCUCACAGAGUCUCUGCACUGGCCACGAGAGGAUUCAUUAAAGUGGCCGAGUACAUGUACAUCACUGACAAUAAAGAUUUGCUGGAUAAGGAUGGGUUCGCGUCGCACGAGAUCUCUCACAUUAUCGUGAGUUGUUGGCUCUGAAAGGGAUGAAUAAGCAGCGGAUUCUUAGAAAUUUUGACGGCUCUCGGCUAACUGCUAAUUUGGGUUUGCGUCAGAAGAGCUCUCAAGCAAACGAGCAUCGGUUGCCUUCGUCAAACCCCUCAUAGAUACCAUUUCAGAGCCUCGGGGACGAUUGCUCACCGAUUGUGUCGGUUUCGAAGAAAGAAGGACUUCUUGUGAUCUGCCCACUCACGCUGUUCCACGAGACUGAUGUUGACCCCAAACAGCCGUUCAAGGUUACCACUCGAGGCGUGCAAUUUGUAGAUGAAGUAUUUCAGAAUCUCGUUGAGAAGUUCGACAAGGUCAAUAUGUUUAUUGACAACGCCCGGAAACUCAGUCAAAAAGUCGUGAUCUACAGCAAGAAUAAAAUCUUUGCGUACUUUGUUGCUGCUCAAUUCAACAUUGAGUGAGCCCCUCCCCGGUUUUAUUCAUUAACUUUCUUUACGAUUUCAGUUACUACCAAUUGGAGCCGGGUAAAGCGGUGAACCACUUAAUGAAGCUGAUCGGGACCGAAUGGGAGGAACUUCCGGAAGAGUACAUGGACACUCUUGCCGAAUGGCGUGCUCUGGGACUGGUGAGAAGAGCUCAGGCGGGAGGAGAUAACGAGCGAAAACUGAGCAUCUCCGUCAAUUGUACCAAAUAA